AUGGCGUCGGACGUCCGACUUCGUCCUCGCCAACCCACGGCGAGCGCCCAAAUGUUCACCAGACCGUGGCUCGCGCUAUUCGAUCGUCGCAAACCGGCUCGCGAGCUGGAGAUCCCGGAGAUCCUCGCCGUGCUCGACGACAACACGGUGGCUGAAAUCGCCUCCAGACUGGGCCCGAGAUGGUUCGCCCGCCUCGCCGUGACGUGCGUAUCGUUCCGCGACUUCGUUCGGUCGCGAGAGGACGUCUGGCGCGGCUUCUGCGUCGAGGCGUUCGCCCACCGCGAGAGCGCGAAGGAUACGCACGAGAUUUGUCGUAAGGCGUACAGAGGGUGCUGGCGAACGAUGUUUUGGGACAGGUUGAGAGUGCGCACGGAUGGCGUGUACGUGUCCAGGAACACGUACAUCAAGCCCGGAGUCAAGUGCGAUUUGACGAUGCGAAACGCUGUGGCGAGCUGUCACCUCGUGGUGUGGUACAGAUUCUUUCGAUUCCUCGGGAACGGCGAGUUCGUGUGCAAGACGUCUCCGAAAAAGCUCAGCGUCGAGGCGAAACUGCUGAGAGACCAAGGCGCAUUGGCGCGGUCGAACGACGUGUUUCACGGCGGAUACACGAUUGAUGGUGAUGACAGAGUGCACUGCGAGGUGCUUCGAUACGGCGCGAACGGGUCGCUGAGUGCGACACACUUUUGGACCAGACUGCGCGGAAACAAGCCCGGAGCGUCCAACCGAAUGGACAUGGUCAAGAUCGCCAUGGUCGAUGAGGACGCCAAAGUCCCCGUCCCCGACGAAGACGAGUGGCUCGCCAUGGACGAUGAGGAGCACAUAUACCGACGAAACCUGGGAUUCACCUCGCACAAGUUUGACGGAACCGCGCCCGCGCGUGUGACCAACCGCGGCAUGGGCACGCUCGUCUUCGUUCCCUGGGACGAGGUCGGCACCCACGAAAUCAACAAGGGCGUCGAGGAGAUGGAUUUUUAUUGCACGGGUUAA